GAGAGGGAGUGGGUGUGUGACUGCUUGGCCUUAAUGGAGUGGCAAGCUUCAUCUUAAAUAACAAAUUGAAUAGUAGUAGAUUUGGUAAGCAGCCAGAUGGUUUUAUCUUCAUGUAGGCCUAUACUGAUAGUUAAGAGUGCAGACAUACAGACGGACCUACACGUAAGGAUGGUCUUGCUAACUCGUUGGUGAUGUACCUUUUAUUCACCCUAUGACAGGGACGGGGACUAGAUAAUGCAGCUAAAUCAACAAACAAGCAAGUUGUGUAUAUAGAUUAUUGCGAUACACGCUGUUGACCGAGAUUCUAAAACGUUGUUCGGAGAGGCAGUAAUUUCUCGAAGGUCAUAGCUUCUGAAACCUCUGGGGGAGUUUGCUUCAAGACGGAGGGUGACAGACCCUGGAUGGUGCAACGGUGCAAACCUCUUCAGACUCCCCUCGACUCUCUCCAAGUCUCAACCAUGUUGAAUAUAGAACCAAGUGAAGUGCACAGGCGCUUACUGUGUAAAUAUCACUCCGCCUUAUGCUAGAUGCAACAACUCCGUUGAGAGACACGUCGUUUGUACAUUAUUCUAAAUACCACCUCGACAGAAUACGAAAUUGCUUUGGUACCGUGGUGAGUGCCAGUGUGUAGUGUUUGUAACUGAAUUUAACCCGGAAUUUGUGACUGUGCUGAUAGGCUUAACAGUGUAUCACUUAAAUCACUUAAAGCUUGAAACGUAUUUAAAACAUAUAUUAUUACUAUGACAUAGAUCACACCACAAAGAGAAUACCGUUGGGCUGAAACUAGAUAGGAACAUUGGCAUUUUGAUAAUACGAGAGACGCGAAGCGAUGUGGAUAUACCCUGGAUAGAUUGGUUUAUUGGAAAAACUUGUAGACGCAAACGCUAUACUAGGAUUUGCUUUAUCUUUCUCGCUCCCUCUCUAAGGAUUAGUCAUCAGCUCAUUGGGGAGGAGACUGUUUGGUCGUUGACAUUAUCCGUUCGCCUUUGGUGAAAAAAAAGAGAAAAACGAGGAGAGCUGAUUUAAUCCACUUGUUGAGGCUUCAUUAGCAACGCUCAAGUUAGUGCGCGUGAUUUAAAGACGUCAUCAAUACCACGUGGUACCUUCAAUGUGAUAUUUGAUACAUUCGCGAAUAACUAGAACAGCAACUUAUGAAAGAGUUGUCAUUAAUAGUUUGCAAGUUUUGGGACUACGUGUUUCUAGAGUGGAUCGAUCUGAAGGGCUGAUACAAGUCUCUUUGGAAAGCAGUUUAAGAACCCGCUGUUGGUGAAAGUGCUUUACCAUCACUCACAGCAAACGUGCUUAGAGUCUAGUUGAAGACGGAGCUCCUGCAGUAAGACCAGAGGAUUCUUACUUCAAACUGCGUCUAUGAAUCAAUUGUAUUGCUGAGAGAAAUCCAACUCUGACAUAGUCGUUUGACCAAUCAGAGAGAAACAAUGGUUGAUUACAAGGAUAUUAACUCCUUAAACUUUACCUUUGUGCAUAAUCUGGACCAGGAAUCACGUAUACUAUGGAGUGUGUUUUGUUCUAUCAUUAUGGCAGUAGCGGCUGGUGGCAAUCUGAUUGUUAUCUGGAUCGUGGCUACCAACCCCCGAAUGAGGACUGUUACCAAUUACUUCUUAUUAAACUUGGCCGUUGCCGACGCCCUUAUCGCCACCCUUAGCAUGCCGUUUAUGUUCAGCUACAUCGUAACACAGAACUGGGCUUUGGGUAUUGGUAUGUGUAAAGUUGUGCGUUUCUUUGGACUAGUUUCAACGUCAGCGAGUGUUCUUUCCCUGGUAGCUAUUUCCAUUGAUAGAUACCGGGCUAUAGUUCACCCGCUCCUACCAAGGUUAUCCAAGAGUUACAUCGUGUGUAUGAUUAUCUUUAUAUGGGGAGGGUCGUCCAUCUUCGCUAGCCCUCUAUUGGUUUACUCUACGGUGUUGACGUUCAUGUACAAUGAUGGAGUCAUCAAAAAUCAAUGUUUCAUCAAGUGGCCAGAUGGUAUCUACAGACGCAUCGACUUCACAUACAACGUGGCGUCUUUUGCUGUACUGUACUGCCUGCCUCUAACCGUCUUAGCAGGUUGCUAUACAGUCAUCGGUGUCAAGCUUUGGCGAGGUGAUGUACUGGGGGAGUACAUACCAAAUAGAGCACGCCAGCUCAAGGCGAAACGUAAGGUCGUCAAAAUGAUCAUAGUAGUGAUUGCAGUCUUUGCCAUAUGCUGGUUCCCAUUGCAUGUUUACCAGUUCCUUGGCUACCUUCAUGAGGAGGUUUACACGCAAUCUUAUGCAGUUCACAUCUACUCUACUAUCUGGACUCUAGCUAUGAGCAGCUCCAUGUAUAACCCAUUUAUAUAUUGCUGGCUCAAUGAUAGGUUUCGAGCUGGUUUCAAGCGAGUCUUUCAUUGCCUGAUCCCAGGGAGCAAGAAACAGAGAGACAACAAAGGUAUUGACCGUCGUACUCCCCUGACGUCUACAACCAGUAAUGCUAACUCUCUCAUGACAGCCUCCACAACAGGCAUGCAUCGACAAGUGCCUAAUGGCAAGCCCGCCAUCUUGUGCCGAACUAGCCUCAUUGGGAUUAGUGUCGUGGAUUCAUCGGAAGAUAUAUUUUAGUCUUGAAUUCAAGACUAAUGUAUCAAGCUUGAGGUAUCGCUUAUAGCAUUAUUUAACCUGGCUAUGUAGCAUUACAACCGAUGUAUAUACAUGUUGGUUUAAAUCGUUAAACGGACCCCCGUUUGGGUGUGUGAUGUCAAUGUCAUGGAAUUGUCAUGCAAGGAUCCCUUAAAAUGAGUUUAUGUACAACCAGCCAUUAUGUAUCCGGCCGAUUUCACGAAACGCUAGGAUCAAUCCUAACUCGAGUUAGGACGAGUAAUCCGUCUAAUUGUAGGAUGAGU